UUUGCUGGCGCCCUUCCUCCUCGCUUCCCAUUGCUCCCGCUUUCGCCUCUUUGUUUACGCCCUCCACUCAGCUCCGCCCCUACCAGAAAGGCUGCACCGUGCAGGCUCUUAGGCUCUAGAGGACCUUUUUCCCUGUCGCUUUCCCCUUCUUCCCGGCAUUCCUGUUUCCGCUUUCUCACGGCAGUCUGGUUUUUCCACCGCUGGGGCUCUUCGCGCCUAGGACUUCGGUGACGUCAUCUUUCUGCGCCGCGCGGACACCCGCGGGUGGAGGAAGGAGCAGCUACGCCGCCCUUCGUUUUUUUUUUUUUUUUUGUCAGGCUGCAGCUCCUUCGGAAUCAUGGCGCCGUCGCUAUGGAAGGGGCUGGUGGGCAUUGGCCUCUUUGCCCUAGCCCACGCCGCCUUUUCCGCUGCUCAGCAUCGUUCAUAUAUGCGAUUAACAGAAAAGGAAGAUGAAUCACUGCCAAUAGAUAUAGUUCUUCAGACGCUUCUGGCCUUUGCAGUUACCUGUUAUGGUAUAGUUCAUAUUGCAGGGGAGUUUAAAGAUAUGGAUGCCACUUCAGAACUAAAAAAUAAGACAUUUGAUACAUUAAGGAAUCACCCAUCCUUUUAUGUAUUUAAUCAUCGUGGUCGAGUACUGUUCCGGCCUUCAGAUUCAACAAAUUCUUCAAACCAAGAUGCAUUGUCCUCUAACACAUCGUUGAAGUUACGAAAACUCGAAUCACUGCGUCGUUAAGAUUUUUACAAAUUAUAAUAACAGGACAGGAUAUAGAGCUGGAAUAUUGGAGUUUGGGGUAUAAAACACUCCCAUCAGUAUUUAUACUUAUCUUUCAGACCUAAUUAAAAAAAAACAACUAUGGCCCUUGUUUAUACACUGUUAAUCAAAUCAUUAAUGCAGUAUAAGUUAUCUGUGGAAUAAGUCUUUGGUAUUUCAUAUAGAGAAUUUUUUUUCAUUUAAAACAAAUUUAUGUCCUUUGUAAAAGCCACUGUUUUGAACACAUUUCCUUGGAAAAUGGUGGUUUUUGUGAUUAUUUAUUUUCUUAGAUUUCUUUUCUUUUGCACUACAGUUUUUAGAAUCCUUUUGGAAAUACUAUGUGACUACUGCAUUUUGCAGCAUGAAUUAUGGCAAAAUGGUCUUCACUUCUCAACAUAUGGACUUCUCUAAUGAGACCAAAAUGGUGACUUAUCGGUUUUUCUUGUGUCCCCUAAAAAGUGGCUCUGCUUUGGCAGAUACUUGCCAGCUUUUAAUUUAUCCAUGACUUCUCACCCAGCCCCACUCCUGUAUAACUUCUAACGUCAGCUGUCUUGUUUCAUCACUUCAGAGAUUCUGUGUGCAGUGGGUAAUUUUGUGUCAAAAAUUCUUUGUCGUAACAAGUAUAUUUAACAAGCUCAACUUGCUGUAAAGCUACCUGUGCUUCUUCAUUUAUCUGUAAAAAUUUUCCCUAAUUGAUUAUGUAGUGUAAAAGUAGUUGGAGAUAGACCAAAAGACCAUUUGUGAUUUCAUUAUCCUGCCUAUGUAAAAGAAUGGUAAUCACUGAGGAAAAUUGAUUACUUGUCAUUAGCCAGUUUAACUUAUUCAAAGUCUUGGUUUAUUUCAUACUGAACUAGUGAAUCAGUGAAAAUAAGGAAACUUUUCAUUAAUUUAAAGGAAGACUUCAAGGAAUUGGGCCAAAUAUGUUCUAAAUAUUUGGAACUGAUAUAUUUAAUUUUUUAGAAAAUUAUGGUCAUUUAAGAAAUUAUUUUGUAGCUUCUGAUUUAUAGCAGGCUUAGAGUUUUCCAUCUUCACUGUAUGGUGCUGAAGUGAAGGUGAGGAUGAGAAUCCAGAGUUGAAUUUUUUUGAAACAGUAAUUUUACUUUCAGAGAAAUGUGGCUAGCUCUUUGAGCUAGAAAGCUGCAGGAAGCUGAACAUUUUCUUGUAGAGAACAUUGCUUUUGUUGAAUUGUAUAGGUGUAAAGGGAAUAAUUGUAUGCAGGUUUGAAAAGGAAAUGUGCUUUAGGCACAAAAGAGUCAUAAGAUGCCCUUAUACUUGAUGGCAUUUUUUUCCUAUUAGAAAGGAACCUCAGCUCUUGUAUUCUGCCUGGUAACACAUAGCCUGAAAGCACAAGAUUAUUUUGUCAUUGGAUUUUUAUUGUUGUUUAGUUUUGUUUUGUUUUACCAACCCAGUCUGUUGUGGAACACUGAUUCUGCUCUCUAAUGAGAACAAAGUUAGACAUCUGCUGAUAACCUGAAAUGAUUUAGAAAUGAGUUAAAAAUAUGAAAUCAGGGGUUAAAGUGACGAUGAUUAAAAUAGUGUGUGAAAAACAUGCUCCUUCCAUCAGGCUUGUAUACCGUUUCCUUAGGUAUGACUUGAUUUUGGAAGAGCCUCUUGUUUUCUUUUUUGGGGUUGUCUUCCUUUCCUAAUAGGUAUUUGUGAUGAUGUUAUUGAGCUAUAAUUCACCCAAUUAAAGGGUGCAAUUCAGUGAUUUUCAGAAUGUUCACAAAGUUGUGCAACUAUGACCACAAUCAAUUUUAGAACAUUACCCCAAGAAGAAGCCCCAUACCCCUUAGCAGUCACCUCUUCUUUCCUCCCACCUUCCAGCCCCUGGCAACCACUAAUCUUACUUCUGUCUCUGUAGGUUUGCCUAUUGUGAUCACUUCAUAUAAACAGAAUUCUAUAACAUCCGGUCUUUUGUGACUUGCUUCCCAAAUAGGUUCUCUGUGUGGAGUGAGAAAUUCUUCUCAUCUUGAGAACGCUUAUUGCUAUGAAAGGGAGUGGUUGGUAAAAUCAAUAGAUUUAAGGAGGGAGAGCCAGAUACCUAACAGGUUUCUCAGUUAAUCUUAUGCUGAAUAAUUUUUCAUUGUAGCCAAGCAUUCAUAAUAUUAUAUUUUGCUUAAGCCAGAGGUGGUGGUUUGCACCUAUAUCCCAGCUAUUUAGAAGGUUGAGGUAGGAGAGUCGCUUAAGGCCAGGAGCUCAAGACCAGCCUGGGCAACAUAGCAAGACUCCGUCUCUAAAAAACAAACAAACAAAAAUGGCCAAUCUUUAGAAUGGUUAUUGAAAUCUUUGCCUGUCUGGUCAGAAAAGAAAGUCCUGCUAAAAAUGAUGCCAAAUAAUUUGGCAGGUAAUUGACAUAGUAGUUGUCAAGUGUGUCUACCUUUGUUAGCAGCUUGUAUACCAGGUGAGCUCCACAAAUUUCUUUUUAAUUGACUCCAGCAAAUUUCUGCUGUCUUUUUGAAGUAUGUACCAUAGGACUAAAAGUGAUUUGGGUGCAUUAUAGCACUGCUAAAUGUACUAAGUACAGAAUUUUAUUUGCAGUACUAUGAAAGUCCGUUACUGCCUAGGGUAGUUCAAAACAUAUAGUGAUUUGAGCUAGUUAACCUUGCAGUUUACAUGAUUUCAGUGACAUUUAGAAGUGUGUACCAAUCAGAGCUCUCUCAAAUACAGGAAGACUCACUUUUAACCAAGGAACCAGGCAAAUACUAUGGGCUAAUGGCCCAGCUGCAGAACAUGCAGAUCAGUGAACUAGAGACUAUUAUGCUCUGUAACUCCCUAAUGAUUGUUUCCUAAUCAUUGUGGCUUAUUUCUGAAUGGCAUGACAGCAUCUUCCUGGUUGUACGUGGCCUGUUUCCAUGAUGUAUUGAGUAGUGUUGUUUGUUGUGAGCAUCGAUGCCUGUAACACCAAGCUAAACACAUUGUUUGGAUAUGUUUCCUCUCUAAAUGACCUUGCUCUGUCCAAUAAAUAAAUGAUUGUCUCACCCUGU